AUGUGGAGGGAGCUCGGCGUCCCUGGACGCGCGAGCCGUUGCAACCUCCCUCUCUCGCGCGCAGGGAGCGAACCCGUGGACGCGCGCGGCGGCGGCGGCGGCGGGGAAGUCUGGGGCGCCGGCCGUUUGGCUAGCCCACGGGAGGUAGGAUCCGCGAAGCUGGAGGCGGGGAGCGAGGUGGGUGAGGUGGUGGCGGUAGAUCUGGUCGGCGGGUGCGGCGGGAGGUCCGGCGAGGUGGCGGGCGUGGAGGGCCGGCCUAGCGGGGGAAAAUCCAGGAGCUCGUCGCGCGCGGGAAGCAGAUCCGGAAACCGGGGGAAGAAGCGGAGCUGCGGCAUCCGGCGGCGGUCGCAGAGCUCGUCGCCGAAGCCUCCCCCGAAGAAGGCCCGAUCUGCAAGGGCCAUGGAUGGCGGGUGGGACUUCCAGACGGGCCUCCCGGACCUCUCUGGUCCCUCCAACACACCUUAUCAAGACAUGCUCAAUAUUAAUUUUGAAGCACCGGGUGCAGCAGCUGGUAGUCCGGCCUUUCAGCCCGGUUCCAGCCAAGGUGGUUCGGGGAAGGCGCGCAAGAAAAUUGUGUCCAGACCGAAGCAAAACAACUUUUCAAUCGAGGAAGACAAAAACCUAGUGUCCAGCUGGCUCAAUGUGAGCUUGGAUGCAGUUAAAGGUGAUGUGUCAAUGUGAAUUUGUUUCAGCUGCACAUUUUUUAAAGGACUAACCAUGUGUUUCUCAUGUAUGGGUAUGUUCCAGGCGCG